AUGAGCGGAAUUAGCUUAGGCCGUCUUCGCUGGGUCUUUAUGCUCUGGAUCUUGCACCGUGUUAGCUCUUCCACUGUAACAAACACUGGCAAUCGUGGAGCAGUGGCAAGUGAAAGCAAAAUAUGCAGUGAGGUUGGAGCGGAACUUAUAGAGAGAGGUGGAAAUGCCGCAGAUGCUAUGGUUGGUACCACUCUAUGCGUUGGUGUCAUCGGGAUGUAUCAUAGUGGUAUAGGUGGAGGGGGCUUUAUGCUAGUACGUAGCUCAGAAGGGGAAUACGAAACCAUAGAUUAUAGAGAGACAGCUCCAGCCGCUGCAUAUCGAGACAUGUUUAAGAAAGAUCGCAGCAGAGCCGUGGUCGGUGGAGAUGCAGUUGCUGUUCCAGGUGACCUUCGAGGACUUGAAUAUCUUCAUAAUAAAUAUGGGCAACUACCUUGGCAAAUCGUUUGCAAUCCAGCUGUGCAUAUUGCUAGAAAUGGUUUUCCUGUGACGGAAGAUACAGUUUACUACAUGCAAGCAGUUAAGAAUCAAGUCGGUUGGAAUUUCCUUGAAGAGGACCCAAACUGGGCUAUGGACUUCGCUCCGAACGGCACACUCCUUGAAUUGGGUGAUAUCAUGAAAAGAGAGCGAUAUGCCAAUACGCUAGAGACGAUUGCUAACAAAGGAGCUUCGGCAUUCUACGAGGGGAAAAUUGCGGAAGCAACCAUUGCAACCAUAAAGGCCACAAAUGGAACCAUGACUUUGGCCGAUCUCAAAGAUUACGAAAUCAAGAUUCGUAAUCCCAUCAACAUCACUUAUCGUGGCUACACAAUCCAUUCAACCGGCACUCCCUCCGGUGGUUCUAUAGCCCUGAGCAUCCUUAAGACCAUAGAAGGAUAUGACAUGUAUAAAGAAUCCGAUUUAUUUCUGAAUACCCAUCGACUCGAUGAAGCCAUGCGUUUUUCAUAUGCCGCUCAUUCCGAGCUAGGAGACCCGUCAUUCUUUGACGAGAUGGUUAGAUUCGAAGAAGGAAUCAUUUCAGCUGAGACUGCAGAGUCUAAUAGACGAAAGAUCCUAGACGAUAAGACACAAGACGUUGGAAGGUACAAUCCAGAAAUGUGGGAUAUCAUGGGAAAUCACGGAACAUCACAUAUGGUUGCUACCGAUGCCUCUGGCCUCUCAAUAACCUCAACAUCAACUGUCAAUUUACUUUUCGGUUCUGCCGUUAUGGUUCCCGAGACUGGGGUGAUUCUUAAUAACGAGAUGGACGAUUUCUCUAUCCCUGGCGUUCCCAAUUAUUUUGGUUUCGUCCCUUCACCAAUGAACUAUGUUCGUCCUGGGGCCCGCCCCAUGAGUUCCAUCUCCCCCAUCCACAUCUCCCACCCCAAUGGCUCCCACUUCCUUUCCAUCGGCGCCGCCGGUGGAUCACGAAUCCCCACGUCAACAAUCCAAGCCGUCAUCAACAUAAUCGAUCACGGCAUGUCUCUCGAAGAAGCACUAAAGCAACCUAGAAUGCAUGAUCAAUUACUACCCGAAAAAACGACCGUAGAACCGGGAUUUGACGAAGAAUUGCAGGAAUAUCUGGAGGAAAGAGGACACAAAGUUGGGAAAGCAAGCGGAAGAGAGAGUGCGGUACAAGGUGUGAGAGUUUGGGGUGAUCUUUCGGUUGAAGGGGAAGGAUUGGCUGGAGAAGGAUGGCUGGAGGCUAUUGGAGAGCCGAGACAGAAGGCGAGUGGGGGAGUUGGUGUAUGA